AUGUCAACAUCAGAGAACACAACAACAGUUAUAGUCCAUGAAGCUAUAAAUGAAGAAUACGAGUACAUACAGUAUAACAAACAGUUACGUCUCAUUCGUUCAGUCAAAGAUGACAUGUACCAAAUGCAGAGUAUAAUGAAUGCUCUUCGUUCUACAAAGCAAGCAUAUCAUUGGUUUGAAAACCAACAGACAAAAGAACUUUUAGAAGAAUUUCCUCAUAUGAUUGCUUCCCUCGGAAAACCGGGGAAAGAGAUUCCGUAUGAAAAUCGCAAGAAUUUGGCUCCUGGUUUGAAAGGUUAUUAUGUUCAUAGACUUUUAGUAAAUGCUGUAGCAAUGUGGGCUUCACCUCGUUAUGCUUGUUAUAUUUUCAUGAUGUUAGAUGAACUAUAUAAAGCAGAACGUGGAGAGAUGGAAAAGAAACUUCAUGCAAAAGAUGAAGUCAUUGAAUCCAAAGACAAAAGCAUACAGAAAAGAAUACCGCGUUCAGUACCAAAAGGAAAGGAAAAGAACUAUAAGUAUAUGAUUUAUACUGAAGAGUUGGAGAAAGAAGAAGACAGUGACAUGGUUAUGUUGCAUUUAGUGAGAAGAAACAACAAGAGCUUUUACAGUAAGCCUGCAGAACCUGAAAAAUCAUAUGGACCUGUAUUUUAUGAAAUGGUUGCGAACGCCUGCAAUACAAACAAUGAUAUGAUAGGAUUUAAUGAAGAUGUUAUGAGGUCAUUGGUGGAUGAUGGUAGUGUGGAACAUAAAUGGGAUAGCUAUGACAACACACAUUUCUUAUGUGGUUUUCCAACAGAAGUGGACUUUUGCUUCCAGCAAGGUCAAACAUCUACUGCUCCAAUAACAUACAAAUUGACUGUUAAAGGACCUAUUGAACUAGCAACUGAAAAUGUACCAAAGCCACUUAUUGGAUUUAUGAGGGAUUGUUGCUUUGCCAUUCAGGUGCGUGCUAAUGGAAUCCCAAUAAUAAGAUUAGAUGACUAUAACUUAGCUGCGGACGACAGUGAGGAAUAA